AUGGGGGAUGAAAACCGAACUGGAAUGACUGAAUUCUACUUCCAUCCCUUCUCAAGUCUCCCCAAGGUGCAGCUGCUGAUUUUCCUGAUCCUUCUGCUCAUGUACGUGGUCAGUGUCUGUGGGAACGGCACCAUUGUGCUCAUUGUCUGUACCAAUCGCUCCCUCCAUACCCCCAUGUACUUCUUCCUGGCCAACCUGGCAGCUAUGGAGAUCUGCUACUCCACCAUCAUUGCCCCACUGACCCUGGCCAAUCUCACAUCUUUGAGGAAGGCCACCAUCUCCCUGGCUGGCUGUGGCACACAGAUGUUCUUCUUUAUCUUCCUGGGAGGUGCUGGAUGUGUGCUGCUGGCUUUCAUGGCGUAUGACCGAUAUGUGGCUAUCUGCCACCCACUGCGCUACACCCUCAUUAUGAACUGGACUGUCUGUGUGAGCAUUGUAGCUGCAUCCCUGGUACUGGGCUUCUUGGUAUCCCUUAAUAUGACCAUCCUGAUCUUCCACCUGCCAUUCUGUGGCACCAAUGAAAUCUACCAUUUCUUCUGUGACAUUCCUGCUAUUCUGCGUCUGGCAUGCAGCAACACCCAUGUCCACCAGGUUGCCCUCUAUAUUUGUAGUGUCAUAAACGUGGCCAUCCCUUUCCUGUUGAUUUGCAUCUCCUAUGCCUUCAUUGUGGUCGCCAUCCUGCGGAUCAGCUCUGGAGCUGGCCGGCACCGUGCCUUCUCCACCUGCUCCUCCCACUUGAUGGUUGUUGCCCUGAUGUACGGCUGCAGCAGCUUCAUAUACUUACGCCCUAGUUCCAGUUACUCCCCGGAGCAAGGCCGGGUAGUGUCUGUGGUGUACACCUUUGUCACUCCUGUAUUGAACCCCUUGAUCUACAGCAUGAGGAACAAGGAGCUAAAGGAUUCCCUGAGCAGAGCACUGGGAAGGAAAAUGCUGCCUCAGAGUAAAUGACAGAUUUAGGACAUCCUUCAGUAAACAAGACCCUCUCCAGAGACACAAUGUGGGUAGCCCCAGUUGAUUGGGAAUGGGAUAAGGAGCAUUUUGCCUUAUAGUACCUUCAUGUCAGGGGCCUUGCCAUGUCUCUGGGUAUUAGGGAAUGGGAUUGUGAAGUUGUAUACCCAGGUGCUAUGGUACAUUCUGGUCACACAUGCUAGUUACAAGGAGAAACUGCUGUUGAAAUUGCCAAGUCCUCCUGGUGAGUACGAAAAGACAUUAGACUAGUCCAGGAGAAGCAGAGUACCAGAUUCCUCUGCCCAGUGGACUGAAGGUCUGAGAAUCUGCUUGAAACACUGUAGUUGUCACUCCUAGGGAGUCCGGUCUAGCUGUAUGUUUGACUGGGUGGGCUUUGGAGGAGCUGCUUCUUUAUCUCUCUCAACCAAAAGCGGUAUAAAAUAACACCAGGGUUACAUGAUGUCAACUAAAAUUUCUCCUUCCUAUAAUUUUUUUUU